UCUGCUGUCUGGUCUCUCAGGUGGUGUUUGGGACCAUCACUAGCCACCACCAAACACCAAAAACCCCUCUGCUGCUUGCUGCGGAGACGCUUCAGCUUACUUUCCUAUCAACUAAUGGCCAAUGAAUCUUUGAAAUUUCUGUUGCAGUUUCCUGUUAGCGACUAUGACUAUCAGGUCCUCUUCCCUGGUUAUUGUGCCCCCUCUGGGACAGGAACUUCAGAAAGGGUCCCUGCCUGUCAUGGGAGAGGAGCAAGGCAGGACAGAGAGAUCUGGAUUCUAGACUGCUUCUCCCAUUCAGCAGGAAGCCUGGCGCCUCCUUCCAGACAAACAACAGCCGCCACCCAGACAGCGCGUUGCUCACCCCGAGAAUGGCAUUCAAAGAAACCUUCAGGUUCUCCGAAACCCCGUGCCUUUGCUCCUCCGCUUGCUGCGCCCCCGACCCUGGAGUGCUGGGUCAUGGUGCUCGCCCGGUCCGGCCAAGCUCCUGCGGGAUCCGCUGAAGUCAAGCUGUCAAGCCCCAGUAAAUUCCCGCCUCACCGUCCUUCCCCCCAGCCCCGCCGAAGCCUGCAGGGCAGCGCUUCCUCUCAGUGCAGGGAGCAUCGGUCUUCCUGGUACUCAGGGGACCAGCCUGCAACAGCUUCGGAGCAGCGUCCUGACCCCGGGACAUGGGAUCUCACUGCCACGGCCAAGGCCCCUCUGAGCCCCGCUGCCUCUGCAUGUGGGUCUGAAUUUGACAGGCAAGGAGAGAACAUGACCCCCUCACCCACAUCUCACUGCGCUCCGCCAGGCGCCCUGAAGGAAAGGCAGGUUAAGGAGAGCCAAACAGUCGGAAGCUCGAGGACACGCUUGCCUCUGGCGUCUGUGAGAGAGAGCCCACAGAAAUGAGCGGAUCGUGGAGUAGAUCUCAGAAAGGCCUCAGUCUCACCCUGAGCUGAAAGUUAUCACCAAGAGACUUUUCAAAGCCGGUGUAGGAGCGGGAGAAGUGUGAAGAGGAGAUGCAUACUUUUAGCAGGAGCCCGUUUCCAGAUCUUCCAGGAGAUGCUCUGAAAUCCGCACCUCGCUUCCGGCACCUCUCCCGGAUGGCUGUAGCC